GGGAACAUCCGGCGGGGAGAGGAAGUUGAUGCCGACGAUUGAGGAGGAGCUUGACCGAAGAUCACUGCUUUAUAGCCUGUUAAUGCCUGUGAUGAGCCAAUACGUUCCUGGCUUAGAAAAAGGCAAAGGAAUGUACUUUUAUUUCAUCAAAUCAGAAGCUAAGACACCCGGUGGUCUACUGGCUCGUCCGGUGCUCACUAGCUACUACAAAAGCUCCCAUUUUAAGGACAGGCCAUAUGACCCUUACACCAACUACACCAGCCCAAAUGAAACCAUUCUCUGCCCUGAUUCCUACCAGAGCAUGUACUCUCAACUCCUCUGCGGCCUUUGUCUCCAUAAGGAAGUUUUAAGGGUAGGUGCUGUUUUCGCUUCUGGUUUCAUCAGAGCAAUCAGGUUUCUCGAAAAACACUGGCCUCUCCUCUGUAAUGACAUUAGGACAGGUGUCCUAGACGCCCAAAUCACAGACCAGUCUGUCCGGGAAUCCGUCAUGAAGAUCCUUAAACCUGAUCCUCAGCUUGCGGAUUUCAUUGAAGGCGAGUGCAGGAAAGAGUCAUGGCAAGGGAUUAUAACCAAGCUCUGGCCUAACACCAAGUAUAUUGAAGUUAUUGUCACUGGCGCCAUGUCUCAGUACAUACCGACUCUUGAUUAUUACAGCAAUGGCUUGCCGCUUGUCUGCACCAUGUAUGCCUCGUCUGAGUGCUACUUUGGUGUCAACCUUAAACCUAUGUGCAAGCCAAGUGAAGUGGCUUAUACCCUUAUCCCCACCAUGGCUUAUUUCGAGUUCUUGCCCGUUCAGAGAAAUAAUGGAGUGACUAACUCCAUUAAUGUUCCUAAAUCACUCAAUGAGAAAGAACAGCAAGAACUUGUUGAUCUUGUUGAUGUCAAACUUGGCCAAGAAUAUGAGCUCGUUGUCACCACCUAUGCUGGGCUGUAUAGGUAUAGAGUUGGGGAUGUGCUGAGAGUGGCUGGAUUCAAGAACAAGGCGCCGCAAUUCAAUUUCAUAUGCAGGAAAAACGUGGUGCUGAGCAUUGAUUCAGACAAGACGGAUGAGGUUGAGCUGCAAAAUGCAGUGAAGAAUGCAGUGAAUCAUUUAGUACCAUUUGAUGCAACUAUAGCUGAUUACACCAGCUAUGCAGACACCAAAACAAUCCCAGGACACUAUGUUUUAUACUGGGAGCUUAGCCUGAACGGGUCAACUCCAAUCCCUCCUUCAAUUUUUGAGGACUGUUGCCUCACAAUUGAAGAGUCACUCAACAGUGUUUACCGGCAGGGGAGGGUGUCUGACAAGUCAAUCGGGCCGCUAGAGAUCAAGAUUGUUGAAUCAGGGACAUUUGACAAGCUUAUGGACUAUGCCAUUAGCCUUGGUGCAUCAAUAAACCAGUAUAAGACACCUAGGUGUGUGAAGUUUGCACCCAUUGUUGAGCUUUUAAACUCAAGGGUUACGUCCUGUUACUUUAGUCCAAAGUGUCCUAAAUGGGUUCCUGGCCAUAAGCAAUGGAUGAACAGCAAGAACUGAAAAAAGAACAAAAUAAGGGUUGGUUUAGCUUAAGGUAGAAGAAGAUGAUCAAACUGCCCUUAAAGUUCCCAUCUUUGGUAGCUUUUGUUAUUUUUUCUUUCAUGGAGGUUCAUAAGAACUGUUUUUGUGAUCAUCUUAGGAAAAUGCUAAGGACCCUUUUCUAGGUUAAUUGACCCUCCCCCUCUCCCCACCUCCUUCAACCCUUCCUCCAUCUUUUUCUGGUUUUAUUAUUAUUAUUUUUUUAAUAUGCAUAGAAACAUUUGGAUUAGCAAUGUACAAAAACAGUUCAUGUUUCAAGGAAAU